AUGAUAUAUUGGAAGUUACUUCUUUUGCUUGGUACUAUUUUGAUUUUCCUUAAUAAAAAAAAUAAUGUAAGAAAUAUAAAACUGAUAGAAAAAAAAAAAAAAAAUCUUUAUGACAAUCAUAUAUAUGAAAUAGCAUGUGUAAAAACGAGAAAGAGGAAAUUUCCAUCGUUAUAUCUUUUUAAAAAUGUAAAUAGAUAUAAUAAGAUAAACAAAAAAAAUAAAAAAGAAAACAAAAUAUUUUUUGAUCGAAAUGGUAUUAAUGUACCUCAGGAUGUUGCCAUGUUUGGAAAAACAAAUGUUUAUUAUGUAAGAGAAAAUAUAUAUGAUAAAAAUAAAAAUAAUUUAAUUCCUAACGAGGUGGAAUCAGAAUAUAUAGAAGAAUUAAAUGGUCACAAUGAUAACAAUAGUGUGAAUAAUAUGGAUCGUGUGAAUAAUAUGGAUCGUGUGAAUAAUAUGGAUCGUGUGAAUAAUAUGGAUAGUGUAAAUAAUAUGAAUAGUGUCAAUAAUAUGAGUAGUGUCAAUAAUAUGAGUAGUGUAAAUAAUAUGAAUAGUGUCAAUAAUAUGAGUAGUGUCAAUAAUUUAUCGGGUCAGACAGAAUCUCAACAUUUCAAUACAAAUAAAUCAUCAGCACCAAUGUCUAGCCAUAAUAAUACAACACCAAAAGAAGGAACACAAGAAGAUAGUAUUUUUACAUAUAUAAACAAAGAUAGAGAUUAUGUUACUCAAGUAGGCAAUUCGCCAAGUAUAAAUAUUUACGAAAGAACCUAUCAAGCUGAUAGUAAAUAUUUGUAUAAACAGUUUGAAAAUGUGAAUGAAGUAAAUCUACAAUUAUUAAAAAAUAUAAAAAAUGUUGAUGACAAAGAAAAGUUAAUAAAUAAAAAAGUUGUUGAAAAAGUAAAAGAAGAUAUCAAACGAUUUCAAGAAACUGAUGAAAUUAUGGAUAUUAAAGGUCGAAUCGUAAAACCAAAUACUGAUUUAAAACAUAAAGUUAAAGAUGAUGCAGGAAAAAAAAAUACAAAUACACAAGAUGAUAUGGAUGAAGAAGAAAAAAAUGAAGUAAUUAAAAAGUUAUAUAUGAUUGAAAAAAAAACAGAUAAAUAUCUAGAAGAAAAUAUCUAUUUUGUUAUUCAAUCUUGGCUACCUGAUAUUAGAAUUGAUGAUACACUUAUACUAAUAGAUAAUAUUGAAAAAAGUUAUAACGAAUUUGAUAUGUCCAAAUAUUAUGAGCAAUUUAAUGAAGCCAAAAAAAAAGAUUUCUAUUAUGAUUUACCUAAUUACGAAAUUCAAAAUAUUCCACAAAAUAUUAAUGAUGAUACAGAAAUAGAAUGUGAACAUAUUAAUUCAUAUAAUAAUACAUAUAAUAAAUUAAAUAAUUAUAAUCUAAAAAAAUAUUCAUAUACAUAUACAACCAAUGAAAAUGCAGAUACAAAAUUUAAUAAAAAUGAACCCAUGCCACCAAUAGUGCUAAUCAAUACGAAAAAAAAUCUAAUGGUACAACAAUGGGAAUCCAAACAUUUUAAAAAUAGACAUAAAAGAAAUAAAUCACAUGAAUUCACAAGAAUACAAAGAGCCUUUAGACCAUUUUCAUAUGUUGAUUUAAGUGAUAUUACAUGUAUUUAUAAAAAUAAUUUUCUUCAAUUAAAAAUGAAAUUAUCACACAGAAAAUAUAAAAAUGAUAUAUAUCCUUUUUUCAUACCUAUCAAUAAUGCUAAAGAAGAAUUAAUUGAUUUCAAUGGAUACAAAAGAAGUGGAGAUUAUGCUUGGUCUUUUUUUUGGCACAAUUUUAAUUAUGACAAAGAUACAGAUUAUAACUUUUUAAACAGAAACAUUAAAUUGAAUAUAACCGAAACAAAAUUUGAAGACGUUAACAAGAAAAAGGCAAAGAAAAUAAUGAAAAAAAUUCUACUAGAAACAAAAGGAAAGAAAAGAUAG